AUGGGGAUGAAAGCGGAGUUGUCCCUGCAGGGCGAUGACUUCACGCGUCAAAUCUGGCACAUGUACGCUACCUUCGAAGAAUUCAUAGAUCACCAGCAGACGUCGGGAGAAGGCAGCCCCGCCUCGCGCCCUUCCCCCACAGGCACCUCCGGGAACGAGGCGCCGCCCCCGCCUGCGCCACCCGGGGGGUUGGGCGCCCACAGCCCGCGGGAUGUGGUGACCAGCCUGGGCUCCGUCUCCAGCCACGCUUCCGCCUCCUCCCCCAGUCGCGACGUCGCUGCUUCAAUCCCCACCAGCCGCGCCCACAUGGCCGAGGUGGCUCUCCCCCAGGGCGCGAUGCCCUCCGCCUCCCACGGGGCGGGCUCGCACUCGCCCCUCACGGCGCGCGACGACCUGGCGCUGGCCUCGCCCCGCCGCCGCCGCCGUCCGCGUCGCCUGAGACGGUCGGUGGACAACCCGCUGCUUGACACCAUCAGUGCCAUUGGCGACCCGGACAGCGACGAGGGGGACCUGCUGCCCCCUGCGCCGCCCCCGUCGGCGUCCUCGUGCUGGGGGCCGCGCCUCCACCCGGACGCCGACGUGGUGGGCUACGCAGGCAGCAACAGCGUCGACAGCGGCUACAAGAGUGCGUGUCCCACUCCGGAGCUCCCCGACCCCUCGGCCUACUUGGACCACCGCCUAGAGAAGCGCGGCUCCCUGGCCUCCCUGGCCUCCACCGGCUCCUCCUCGGGCAGCGGCGGCGCCUCCAAGCCCCGCAUCGCCAUGGGGACGCGCGUCAUGUCCCGCGUCCCUCGGUCCCCGAGCUCAGGGGGCAACGCCCCCUCGCCGGGCCUGCCUCGAAGACCCGGCUCGGACGGAUCCUACUACGACCUGGACCAGUUAGCAGGGAUCCGGGGGGGCAUCCUGGGGUCGCCGCCCCCGCACGCCACCCCUGCUGAAGUCAGAAAUCCAGGCGCAAUGCGUCCCCCGGAGGAGCCACCCCUCGGGACACGCACGUGUCUCGUCGGGCCGCCUCGCCCGCCUCUCCCGAGCGGCGGCCCGAAGCGCGUCGACAGGAUCGCGGUGCUCGCCGGGCACCAGGGGGCGGCGAGCCCCCGGCGGCCUCCGCGCCGGCUCGCCCCUCCUGGCGUCCACGGGGUCGCUUCCACGGGCGGCGUCUCCGGGGCGGCGGCCGCGCGCCCCCUCGCCCGCCGCCAGGGAGGAGUCGCGCCCCCCGACCUCAUGGUCCAGACACUCCUCCCCGGGCGUGGCGCCGCCCUCGCGCUCCCUUCGGCCCCGUCGCCCAUCGUGGGUGUGCACGACGACACAGACCUCGCGCUGCUGGAGCGGGAGAUCGACGCGCUGCUGUACGGGGGUCGGGCGGGGCGCUGCGACCCCCUCGCCCCGAACCCUGCACCGGACUACUAUGACCUGGACUCGGAGUUCGCGGCCUGCACUUGCCCCGCCUUCAGCAGACCUGCACCCUCAGAGCCACAUAUCUGGGCGUAUGACACAGACAUGCAUGCAAGUGUGCGUGCAGAUGGAGGCCAGUGCGUGCGGACACCGUUACCCAAACCCAAAUUCGCCAAAAAGCUAUAA